AAUCAAAUUAAAUAAUAUUAGUUAGCUAACAUAUGUUUCUAGAAAAAUAAAAUUCCAAAGAACAAUCUAAUCUUUGUUUGGUUUGAGUAUUUAAGUCUACCUAAAAUUUGCUUUCUUCAUAAUUUAAUACUAUUGGCUUUCUAGAAGAAGACCAAUCGCCAAACAGCUCCUUUGAACCGGUGGCGCGUUUCCUGCACGUUCCUCUUGCUCGAGCGUGAUCUUGUUUUCUAUUUCCUUCGCUUAAGUUGACUCCCACCACGGCAGCAGCAGUCAACAAAUAACCUCUAUUAUAAACAAGAAAAAUAAACAAUGUCUGCUGAAUUAAGGACUGCAAACAGCAGCCUCCAGGAAGAUCUUUCAAUGCUUUUUUAAUCACUACUAAACCAAACAACCUUUGUGCUUUUAAUUCCUUUAUAAAUUAUCUUUUUAUUUAUUACUAUUAUCAUUGUUUUUGGUUCCUUCUAAGAAUCACCCCAAAAAUGGCAGAAAAUUCGAUUCUUUGCUGGGUUUCUAGCUUGAUUCUAAGUCUUUUCACUCUCUUUUCUUGUUUAUUUGAGCCCUGUAAUUCAGUUGAGCAACUUGGUGGAUAUGACACCUUCACCAUAUCAAGCUUCAAAUACCCAGAAACCCAGAUCAGGCCUUUUGAUAUGCGUUAUAUAAGAGUUGAUUUACCCCCAUGGUUCUCUUCAAUGUCAAUAGCAUUGAAGUCAAGUGUGGACCUUGAUAUUAAAAGCAUUGAAAAAGUUCCUAAAAGUGUGCUGCCGUUGAUAUGCUUCAGAGAUGGCAGCCUCCCAUUGCCGGAUGUCUCAAACACUUCAUUAAAAGCUCUAGUUACACUAUCUAAUGGAUCUUUUGAAGGAAUACAAGUACUUCAAAAUAGAGAGCAGUGCUAUCCUGUACCAAGAAAUAUGACAAUGAAGUUGACAAAUGAGCAGAUAUCUGCCAGGGUUUUGUAUUUUGGUCUUUUCAAUGGUGUUGGGCCUACAAGAACACAGUCAAAGAUGAUUGUUCGAGGCCCUGCUUACUCCUUUGCAGCCAAUAUUAGUGUGGAAGGAUGUAUAACCUCAACAAUGCAGGGACAGUACUGCAACCAAACUGUUGAAAUGCUUUCAUGUGGUCAAUCUGGCAAUAUUUCUGAAAAUGGUUCAGUGUCUGGGUUCUUCAAUCAAAGCAUGGUUUCUUGCAGGAACAAUUUUGAGACGUCUUGCCUUGGAGAUGGAGAAAUGAAAAUAUACUCCUUAGAGAUACUACGAAUAGCUGAAUUUUUAACCAUUUCAGCACAAAAUGUAAGGUUAAGACCUCUGAAUAGCACUGGAAAUAGUAGCGAAAUUGACUUAAUGUGCUUUGCUCGAUAUGGUGCUAUGCCUUCAGCUACUCUACAUGAUUAUUCUGGUAACUUAAAUAAAUCCCCUCUGGUUAUUCCCUCCCCAAAGGUUGGUAGCUGGUAUAUUUCUAUUCUAUCCCUUAAUCUUUCAAAGGAAAUUGAUGGGGCCCAAAGUAAUGUUUCAAAAGUUUGCUAUUCUCUGGAACUGCAAGAGCUUGAAUGCCCUUUGGGGAAGGCUGGGCCAAACUGUUCAUCCGAAAGAUACAUGCUUCAGACGGUUCUCAGGAAAGAUUCCACCCCUUUUGAAUCCUAUUAUUUGCCAGAUGGUGAGAAAGUGAUGUCAGAUGCUGCCAAUUUUCUUCUUGAGCCCCUUUUAAGCAACUGCUCAUUUGGAGGAGGACUAGAUCCCUGGACUUAUUUUCUUGUGGACAUUCCUCGUGGUGCAGCUGGUGGAAAUCUACACAUCCGGUUGACAUCAGAUAGGAAGAUAAACUAUGAAAUAUAUGCUAGAAAUGGUGCAUCGCCAUCACUUGUUAACUGGGACUAUUAUUAUGUAAACAAGACAAGCAGCAGUCAUGGCUCCAUGUUUUUUGUAGUGUACAAUUCAAGUGAAGAAAAGGUCGAUUUUUACAUCUUAUAUGUUAGGGAAGGAAUCUGGAGUAUUGCAUUAAGGCAUCUAAACAGCACUGGUAGCACUUCCGAUGGCCAGACUACUAUGUCUAUUUCACUUGAAAGAUGCCCAAAAAGAUGCUCCUAUCAUGGUGAUUGCAAAUCUGCUCUUGAUGCCAGUGGAUUAACAUCAUAUAGCUUUUGUGCCUGUGAUCGGAACCAUGGAGGUUUUGACUGUAGCAUUGAGAUUGUAUCACGUCAAGGACACAUACGGCAAUCAAUUGCUCUAAUUGCAUCAAAUGGUGCAGCUGCGCUUCCUGCUUUUUGGGCUCUCCGGCAGAAGGCAUUUGCAGAAUGGGUGGUCUACACAGUGAGCGGGAUUUCAAGUGGAUUAUAUCAUGCAUGUGAUGUGGGCACCUGGUGUGCGUUAUCCUUUGGUGUCUUACAGUUUUUGGAUUUCUGGCUCUCUUUCAUGGCUGUGGUGAGCACCUUCAUAUACCUCACUACAAUUGAUGAAAUUUUCAAAAGGACAAUCCACACUGUGGUGGCUAUCCUUACUGCCCUGAUGGCCAUAACUAAGGCAACUAGGUCAUCCAAUAUUAUUCUUGUGAUGGCAAUUGGGGCGCUUGGUCUUCUUGUUGGGUGGUUGAUAGAGUUCUUUACCAAGUAUAGGUCACUUUCUGUUUCAAGAGAUUUAUGUUUAAAUUGGCUUGAGAGAUGGCGAACCAAAGAAUGGCUGCAGAAUCUUGUAAAGACUUUAUUGAAACGAUUUCAAUGGGGUUUCGUAAUUGCUGGUUUUACUGCACUCACCAUGGCGGCAAUAAGCUGGAAACUUGAAAACAGUCAAAACUACUGGAUUUGGCACAGUGUUUGGCAUGUCGCCAUAUAUUCAUCUUCUUUCUUCUUCCUCUGUUCAAAAGUAAUUACCAUAAAUACUGGGAACGAAAGACCCACAGAUGGAAGCUAUCAGUUAACUCGGCAAGAUUCUCUUUCAAGGGGUGCAUAGGAAGAGGGAAGACUUCUCAUAGAAUUUAAGUUCAAAUAAGAAGGAAAUAAGUGGUUAAGACAUGCAGGAAAAAAUUUCAUCUGCCGGAAAGUAGUUUGUACAACCAAAAUAAGACUUGACCACUUCAGUAGCUUUUUUUUUUUCCUGAAAAUUUGCCCAUUUUCCGGGAUUAUGUUUUAUUUUCAUUUUGUAAAUGUGUAUACACCAAUUGGCAGGGAAAAGAACCGAGGCAGGAUACAAAUAUGACCCAAAACCCUUUAGCCUUUAGGGGUAGCAAAGCAGAAUGUAAGGAUAAAAUGCAGCUAUUUCCAUCAUGCAACUGUAAACUAUAUAUAUAUAUAUAUAUAUACUUGGAUAGUUUUCAACAUUUUUCAUAUUAAUUUUAUGUAUCAAUAUGAUAAUUGAAGUACUUUAGAUUUUGUCAUCUUGCAAGCUUGUUUGCAGUAUGAAUGUGUGAUUAUUACAACAUUUUUCCUAGUAUUAAAACAUUUCCCAGAAAAAAAAUUCAAGGAUGAAAAACUUGUUCAUGUUUUUCUUUGUGAAAACAUUAUUGAUCAAACAGGUGUUCUACACAGUACAAGCCAAAUCAUUUUCAUCAGGAUCAGAAGAUAGGGGACAUCAAGGAUUAAGGAAUAAAUCCAUGGGAAU